GAUUAAAUGCAGGUAGAGAGGUAUAAGUGGAUAACACAAUUCAUGCAUCAGUUAGGAUAGAUCAAUCUAUGUGCAGCUAUAUAAUAUAGCAUAUGUUAUUCACCGGGCACAUACUGACUAUUCCUGUCACCUGUUUUAAUACUGUAUCAUGUGGAUGCUUAUUAAAUAGGAUUGAGUGUUGCAGAUUUCCUUAACUAGCUGAUCUAAAGAUGAAGGAAAACGAAUACGCGUCAACAGAUGUGAAAGCAGAUGGUGUUUUCGAUAAUAAUAAUGAAGACAGACAGAAAAACGUUCUGUAUUCGGUAGAUGAAAGUCCACCUUGGCAUCUCUGCAUGUUACUGGGAUUCCAGCAUUAUCUGACAGCUAUUGGUGGAAUCAUAUCAAUACCGCUGGUACUGGCAGAGUACUUCUGCAUGGAUAAAGACACCCUUGGUGUCAGUGAAGUAAUUGGUACUAUCAUUUUUGUGUCGGGUGUAGCAACACUUCUACAAACAACGUUUGGUGUACGGUUACCUAUCGUGCAAGGAAGUACGCCAACUUUCCUCAUACCAACCAUUGCCAUCAUGUCACAGUCGCAAUGGGAAUGUCCGUACAAGACAGCGAGAGAUACAUACGGGACUAAAGUAAACUUCACUACACUAGGUCUUCCGGAACCCGGAAGUGCAGGACAUCAGGAAAUCUGGAUGACACGUAUUCGGGAAAUCCAGGGAGCAAUAAUGAUAUCAUCCCUAUUCCAGGUUGUGAUUGGUUUAAGUGGGAUGAUGACGUUUGCCUUAAGGUUCAUUGGUCCUCUUUCAAUCGUUCCUAUUGUAGCUCUUACAGGGUUUUCUUUGUUUCCGGUAGGAUCCCAGCUAGCUUCAGGACAAUGGUGGAUUGCGCUGAUGACUACAUCGAUGGUUCUCGCUUUCAGUCAAUAUUUGAAAAAUAUUAAAAUACCAGUAUGUACUAUUGACAAAAAACGCGGCUGCAGAAGGAGCAGGCUUGCUUUCUUCAAUCUAUUUCCGGUAUUACUGGCUGUAAUAAUAUCUUGCGCUAUUUGCACAAUACUGACCGUAACUGAUGUCUUGCCAAAUGACCCUGAUAAAUGGGGUUAUGCAGCAAGAACAGAUACGAAUCUCUAUGUCAUGAGAGAAGCUAAAUGGUUUAGAUUCCCAUAUCCAGGACAGUGGGGCGUUCCCACUAUAAGCGUAGCUGGUGUUUUUGGCAUGGUUGCAGGAGUGUUGGCCGCCAUGUUAGAAUCUGUCGGUGAUUACUACGCAUGCGCAAGGUUAGCAGGAGCGCCACCACCACCAACACAUGCGCUUAACAGAGGAAUUUUUAUUGAAGGAAUAGCUUGCGUUUUGACAGGAGCAUGGGGUUCAGGCAACGGCACAACGUCAUUUAGUGAAAAUAUCGGUGUAAUUGGAAUAACAAAAGUCGGAAGCAGACGUGUCGUGCAGGUUGGAGGGUGUAUUAUGGUUGUUCUUGGUUGCUUUGGCAAAUUUUCCGCUCUGUUCACUCUAAUACCCUCGCCUGUUUUCGGAGGGCUGUUUAUGGUGACAUUUGGAAUGGUAGCUGCGGUUGGUCUCUCUAACCUUCAGUAUAUUGAUCUGAACUCCCCGAGAAAUCUAUGCAUCCUUGGUGUAUCGCUUUUCUUCGGGGUCAGCCUGCCAUUCUGGUUACAAGGUAAUGACGCAAUCAAUACCGGAAGUGACGUAUUAGAUCAAAUAUUGUCUGUUUUACUAGGCACGAGCAUGUUUGUGGGAGGCGUUGUAGGAUUUGUUUUAGACAACACUAUUCCAGGUACUGAAAGAGAAAGGGGUGUAAGAGCAUGGCGGGAGGAAAGUUUGAAACCUCACGAAAAUAAUUCAAUGGCUGAUGAAAGUGUGUAUAAUCCUCCAUUUUUCACAAAUAUGUUAUACAACUACAGAGCGUUAAGGUAUGUCCCGAUUUGUCCAACGUUUUUGAACAGGACUGACAAAUUUUUGGAUAUACCCGUGGAUGUUUCGAUUAACGCUGCCUAUGAAAGUGAUGACGCAAAAGCUGGAGGAAUGGUUAUAACAAAAAUGUGAUUUUGUUUAAGGAGGUAGGUUACCUUGUUACCAGGGUAAUUUCAGAUUAGUUGAACCGCAGCAAUUUUCUGUAUUUCGUGUAUUUUAAUGUUUUAACUGCUACAAUCUCAAUUCCGUUUAUCUCUGUCCCUUCAAGUACAUUUUUUUCCAGGUUUGAAAUACAUGACCCUCCGAAAGUAUUUUAUAUUAAAAGAAGAAGGAAAUAUGGAUAUUUAACACUUUUCAGUGUAUUUUGGUUUCAUUGUUAUCCGCAGAAGUCUGUAUAAUUGAUAUUUUUACUAGUAUGCGCGUUAGCUUUCUAAUAUAAGCUUAAUAUGUAUAUGUCGCGGGGCUCGUGUUUCCAUGGUAACGCAUUUUCUCUCAUUUUUAAACAACUAUUUAUGAAAACUGGUAUUUCGACGUCUUCAGUGCCAUUCUAGUAAUGACAAACAUGUAAUAUUUGGGUACUAUAAUUAGAAAAAUACCAAGCACAUUUUUAAUGGAAAAAUCGUUCUGCAGGCUGCUUUUAUUCUCAUGGAUAUUGUUGAAAUGCAAAUAAAAAGCCGAAGCUGUGUUCCUUAAAUAGACCAGUGACAACGCUUUUGAAUUUUACAUUUAGAUAUAUAGGUCACCGGCUUGGUUUCCAUGGUAACAUCAAUAAAUUCAAUUCAAGAAGCAACAAUUUUCUACUGAAAUUUCAACAAUUUUAGAGUUUAAUUAUAGUAUAUUAUUAAGUAACAAAUUAUCAACGGAAACUGAAAAAUAGGUAUUACAAAUCAAACUGCCAAAUUUUUAUUUGAAAAUGGCCGUUAUAAGUAACCUUUCACCCAAAUAUAUUCCCAAUAACGUUAGUUACCAUCAUCCAUUUUCUUACAUUCCGCAUAACGUACAUUUCAAUAUAACUACAUAAAAGAAGCAAAAUACUGAUCAUUUUUCAGAGCGAAAUACUCCUAAACUAGAAACGUGUCCACAGGACACAGAUGCCCCCACUACAUAACAAAGGACACAAUUUAUUUUCAUAGGUCAGGGGCCAUAACUCCUACAAUACUGAAUGAAUCCGGACGCGAAACCCCAGAUGCACAAUUGCACAUGCUGACCAACAUUCCUGUAAACUUUGGUGACUCUAGGUCAAAUACUUUUGGAGCUACGCGCGACACAACAUUAAAAUGACAUUUUUUUAAUAAGUCUGGGGCCAUAACUCCUACACGACUGAAUGAAUCCGGACGCAAAACCCCAGGUGCACAACUUCAUAUGCUCACCAACAUUCCUGUAAAGUUUUGUGACUCUACAUCAAAUACUUUUGGAGCCCGGCGCGACACAACACUAAAAUGACAAAUUUUUACAAAGUCAGGGGCUAUAACUCCUACACGACUGAAUAAAUCCGGACGCGAAAGCCCAGGUGCACAACUACACAUGCUGACCAAUAUUCCUGUAAAGUUUUGUGACUCUACGUCAAAUACUUUUGGAGCUAGACGCGACACAACAUUCUCGGACGGACGGGCGGAAGGACGGACGGAGGGACGGACGGACAAGGGCAAACCUAUAUGCCCCCCCAAUGUGGGGGCAUAAAAAUAUUUCAGCAAAUAAUGGCUGUUUAAAAUAGUUCAAAUAAAGAAAAUGCACAAAAUUACGUACGUUCAAAAUAAAAGCUAGUAAUUUUGCGCGGUAACUGACACGUAACGUCAUGACGUCAGUGACGUCAUUUUAAGACAACAAUGUUUUGAAGCGUUUCUGUGGCAAUUUAUUCAUUAUUUCUGCAUUAUUAAACCAUUAAGGAUCAGAUCGGAGGCAGGUUCAUGUUUUUGUUUUCUCAGAAGAAUGGAUAUACAAACAUAUUCAGUUUGUCGUAAACGUCGUUCGUCGUAAAUCGUCAUGUUAGCUUCCGGUUGGACAUGGCACAUGCAAAUAUUAAGGUAACCUACCUCCUUAAACUUGAACACAAAAUUAGUUGAAAAUAAUCAAAGAUUUGAUACCUUAAUCAUUGAUGUGUCAUCUGUUUAUAAUGUUCUUUCAUAGAUUUAUAAUGUUAUCAAGUGUCAUAGUAUCAUUGGUCAGUUAAAUAUUUUAUAGCGUUUGAUUGGUUACCUAAUUUAUACCUUAUAUUUGUCGUAAUGGCGUGCUAUUUGUCUCGAUGGAGUGUUGGCUGCCUUCGAACGCUUCAACGCGCCAACACGUGAGAACGAAAUGGCAGAAAUCAACCACAAUAAGUAUACCUUAUUAUCUCUUGUAUUUUAGUUCUGUAUUACAAUAUAAAAUAAAUAUCCAUUCGGUGUUUUAUUUUAUUUUCAGUGAGACUUUACCAACUAUUCUUUUUGUCCUGUCUUCACGUUAAAAAUGAUUUACAAUCUGCUUAACCUUUAGCGUGCUGGCGGCAAGUGAUUCUGCUUUUGAGACCAGUGCAGACCAAGAUCAGCCUGCACAUCAAAUGACAAAUGGUACUGUCCAAAUUGAAUGAUGGACUAGUCCAUUAUAGAAAUUUAGCAGGCUAAAGGUUAAAAUUGAAUAAAAUGGUUACUCUCUUGUGCUGACGUACUAUCGUUAUUGUUGUAGUGCAUGAAUCCAUACGCUUUACGUCGCUAAAUAAUCUUUGAAAAUAACAGACAAAAUCAUUUCACAAAAUAAAUUUUCGUCAUAUAAAUGUCUUUUGAUUGAGAAUGUUUUUAUAUAUAUUUAUAUAAAUUGUACACAAAAUCUUUAUAAAUAUGCUUACUGUAUACACCCAUAUUAAAGUCAGCAU